UAUGUAAAUUUUAUUUUUUUAAAAUUUAAUACUGAAAAUUAGUAUGAAAGUUGAAGUAGUAGAAGCAACCCAUUGACAAAGCUAAGGCGCUUGAGGAUCGGGCGUAGUGGAUUUAUAUUGGUGUUUUUCCAUUCUCUAAACAAUAUAAAGCUUCGCCUCCCAAUUCGAAGGGGCAGCUCAGCUUGCAGUGCUUUUGCUGAUUUUAGAUUAGACAACAGGGGCCAAGUGAGAUGAUGGCUACUGAGGCGCCAAAGAUAGUGUGGAGCGAGAGAGUAGGGAGGUUCGAAACAGAGGACAAGGAAGCCUAUUUGGAGUAUGAGCUGAGAGAUGGAGGCAGAGUGAUGGACAUUCUCCACACCUAUGUCCCUCGUACCAAGCGUGGAUUAGGCCUGGCUUCUCAUCUCUGUAUUGCUGCCUUUUCACACGCUCAAUCACAUUCCCUUUCCGUCAUUCCCUCAUGCUCUUACGUCUCGGACACAUUCCUUCCGCGCAAUCCAUCUUGGAAUUCCAUUGUGCACAAACAAGACAUCAAAUCUCACAUUUGAAGCAGCAUGUGCCAAUCUACUCCUUGGAAGGGACCUGAUUAAUCUUGAUUCUUGCUGCUUCAGACUUAUCAAAGGGGAAAGCAUCAAGUUUGUGCACAAAAUGUCAGUCCUUGUGGUUGGUCUUCAUAUAUUGUCCAUGUUUAUUUACUUUUUUGGAAAUUUGAAGUUCGUUUUUUAUUGUAAAAACUGUAUAACUGUUGAUUAUUUAUGCGUAAAUCUUUUGUUCAAAUACUCAUUUAUUGAUUUGCUUGAAGAAUCUCAAAAC